CCAUGGAGAAUGUAAGCGGGGCUGACCAAAACUUGACCAAAGACCCUGCACUGGUUGUGGGACAGACUGAGAGGAGUUCUCUGCAGGGGCCUCUGGAAGAGCCAGGGCAGCUUCUCUACCAUGAGGAGACCAUUGACCUUGGUGGAGAUGAGUUUGGGUCUGAAGAGAAUGAAACUGUAUCUGAAGACUCUAAUAAUUUUGUAGACAAGCUAAAUGAACACAUGAUGGAAAGUGUCCUCAUUUCUGACUCUCCGAAUAAUAGUGAAGAUGAUACAGGCGAACUUGGUUGUUUGCGGGAUAUGGUUGAGCCUGUGGAAAGCAGCUCUGAUUCCAAGCUAGAGAAUGCCAUAGAUAAGGGAGUGGAGGACACUCUGAGCAAGGGCAGUGAAAGUGAUGGGGAUGAGACACCUAAGGGUGUCUCUGAGAUAAGCCCUGAUAGCAGGGUACCCUUGAAGGAUGAGCCAGGGCAAGAAGAAACAAAAGACAAGCCUGCCAUUGAAAACAAAGAUGCUGAAGAUUUGGAGGCCAAGGAAGAAAAGUCUCAACCAGAGGCCUCAACCUCAGAGCUUUCUUCCAGGAAGGCCUCUCCAGAGGAUGAGCCCAUUCCUGUCUGCACCAUUUUCAGCCAGUCCCAUCCUACUGGCUCCCAAACGUCCCCCUUCCUGCGGGAUGGCUUUGAGUCUCAGAUGGUGAAAUCUCCCAGCUUCGGUGGCCCCAAUGAGUCAGCAGCCAAGACACCUCCUCAGGUGGUCCAGCCAAGCCCCAGCCUGAGCAACUUUUUUGGAGACACAACCAGCACUAAUUCUGUGGCUGCAGAUUUCUUUGAUUCAUUCACUACUUCCACGUUCAUCUCUGUCAGUAACCCCAAUGCAGCCUCUUCAGUUCCAGAGCAGUUGUCUUCUCUCACGACUCCAGUGGGAGAGAAAUCGCUUGGAUCUACUGAUCCUUCUUAUUCCCCAGGGGUGACUCGAUCAGAAUCAGGCAUCUCCACUGCUUCUCUAGAAAUGCCUCAGUCUCCCAAGCCAUUCUCACAGAUCCAGGCUGUGUUUGCAGGUAGUGAGGACCCCUUUGCCACAGCCCUCAGCAUGAGUGAGAUGGACCGGAGAAAUGAUGCCUGGCUUCCAGGGGAGAGCACCAGGGAGGUCCUUAUUGCAGUAGCAACUCAACAGUACAGCACAGUGUUCAUCGACAAAGAAAACCUCACCAUGCCAGGCCUCAAGUUUGACAACAUCCAGGCAAAUGCAGUUAAAGACUUAAUGCUUCGCUUCCUGGGUGAAAAGGCUGCAGCAAAGAGACAGGUCUUAAAUGCCAACUCAGUAGAACAAUCUUUUGUUGGACUGAAGCAGCUAAUUAGGUGCAAAAACUGGAGGGCAGCUGUUGACCUGUGUGGACGGCUUCUAACAGCCCAUGGCCAAGGUUAUGGCAAGAGUGGACUUCCUACCAACCACACAGCAGACUCACUGCAGCUGUGGUUUGUGAGGCUGGCACUACUCGUCAAGUUGGGCCUUUUCCAGAAUGCUGAAAUGGAGUUUGAACCCUUUGGAAACCUAGAUCAACCAGAUCUCUAUUAUGAAUACUACCCUCACGUGUACCCUGGGCGAAGGGGCUCUAUGGUUCCCUUCUCAAUGCGAAUCUUACAUGCAGAGCUGCAGCAGUACUUGGGAAACCCACAGGAGUCACUGGAUAGACUUCACCUGGUGAAAGCCGUCUGCAACAAGAUCCUAACAAAUUUGGAGCAAGGCUUUGCUGAAGACGGCAGCCUGAGCAGCCUCACACAGGAGAAUCGGCAAGCCUCCAUUCAGCUGUGGAGGUCACGUCUGGGCCGUGUGCUGUGUUCCAUGGCCAACUGCCUGCUCCUGAUGAAGGACUACGUGCUGGCUGUGGACGCCUACCACUCUGUGAUCCAGUACCACCCCGAGCAGGAGCCACAGCUGCUCAGUGGCAUUGGCCGCAUUUUCCUCCAGAUUGGAGACAUAAAAACAGCUGAAAAGUAUUUUCAAGAUGUGGAAAACGUAACACAGAAAUUGGAUGGACUGCAGGGUAAAAUAAUGGUUUUAAUGAAUAGAGCUUUCCUUCACCUUGGUCAGAAUAACUUUGCCGAAGCCCACAAAUUCUUCACAGAAAUUCUGAAGAUUGACCCGACAAAUGCAGUGGCCGACAACAAUGCGGCGGUGUGUCUGCUCUACCAAGGCAAGCUCAAGGACUCCCUGAGGCAGCUGGAGGCUAUGGUGCAGCAGGACCCCCAGCACUACCUUCACGAGAGCGUGCUCUUCAAUCUGACCACCAUGUAUGAGCUGGAGUCCUCCCGCAGUAUGCAGAAGAAGCAGGCCUUGCUCGGUGCUGUUGCCAGCAAAGAAGGAGACAGCUUCAACACACAAUGCCUCAAACUGGCCUAGGCCCCUGGAAUUCUUGAAAAAGCCCGUCUUUUUUUUUUUAACUGUGUGCUGUCUUUUUUUACCUGUGAACUGUGGGCCUGAUGUAUUAAUGCAAAUGGUGGAUUCAGGAAAAGCACUUUCACUUGUGUCUAGGAGUGUGUCUUGAUCCAGAGCCACAGCCUAGGCCAAGACUUGUCCCACAGCUUGUUGAAUUCUAGCCAGUUCAACCUCACAAGACUCUGCUGCUGUUUGUGAAUUUAGGAAAGUAAAUGUGCUAUUAGAAUGAUAGUCAUGGACAGAGAAAAUCUAUAAUCAAGCACCAGGUCUCUCUUGUUUAUUCGUGGAAGCUGACCUGCUUCAUUUAUUAAUUCUGAAUAUCCUCAGAGAAAAGCUGAGAAAUGGAAUAGAAACCAUUCUCACUCUAUACCUGAAUGUUCUAGAGAAUUUAUAAAUAAUGGACGAGAAAUACAAACAUAGAUUGCCAUUCA